AUUUGAAUGUUCGACUAAAAUCUAGACAUGGACCCCCGAUCCAGUGCCUUAGAGGUCCUACUCUGUGAUCUGUGUGAAACUGCUCCCUUGAAGUUUCAUUGUGAGGAUUGUCAAAUAAACCUGUGUAUUGCAUGUAUAGAGAAGCAUCUCUUACGUUCAUGCAACAGAAAAAAUAUUGUACCUUACAAACGUCACAUUCUUGCUAAAAAAUAUCCUGAAUCCAUAUGUCAACACCAUUCACUGAAAUUUUGUCAGACUUACUGUGAGACAUGUGACAUUCCUGUAUGUCGUACCUGCCUCUCCUCUGGUGACCACAAUGGGCAUUUUCUAUUAGAUGAUCUGCUGAUGAACUUCAAAAGUAAACCGAUACCACCUCAAAAACUUAUGGAAUACAUGGAAAAAGGAAAGACCACCGUACGUCAUGCACGAGGGGUUGUGAUUGGGUGUGCUGGAGUAGGGAAAACGACUCUAUUAUACAGGCUAAUGGGUAAAAGUCUUCAAGAAGUAAAGGAAAUAAAAUCGACGAGGGGACUUUGUGUCUACGAACACAUAUUUUCUGUGGAAAAGGGAGAUUUGGUUGCAACUGACGACGAUGUCUCUAAAAGACGACUGAUCAGAGUUCCACUGUCUGCACUUAAGAGAAACGAACAAAUUGGCGAAGAAAAAUCAAAGAGUGGGAUAGAAAGAAGAAGUGAAAAAAAUGGAAGUUUGGAAAAUUUGCAAAAGGCUAUGUUGACUAAAGAAGAACAGGGAGCAAGUCCACUGACGACACAAAAUCCUCCUCUCGAUGUAUCAAGUACCAAGGAAGAUGGGGCAAAUGAUAUACAAGUGACGGGAGAUGACAUGGGAAAAACAGUUGCCAGGGAAAAUGAAGCAAAUGAUCUUCAAGUGUCGAGAGGUAAAAUGAGAAAAAGAUUAGGUGCCAGAAAAAAAGGAGAAAAUGAUCAGCAACAGACGCAUGAUGAAAUGAGAGAUACAUUGGCUGUCGGGGAAAAGGGAGAAAAUGAUCAACAACAGACACAUGAUGAAACAAGAGAUACAUUUGCUGCUGGGAAAAAGGGAGAAAAUGAUCAACCACAGACACAUGAUGAAACGAGAGAAACAAUUGGUGUCAGGGAAAAGGGAGAAAAUGAUCAACAACAGACGCAUAAUGAAAGGAGAGAAAAAUUGGGUGCCAGGGAAAAGGGAGAAAAUGAUCAACAACAGACGCAUAAUGAAACGAGAGAAAAAUUGGGUGCCAGGGAAAACGUGGAAAAUAAUCUACAACUGACACAGGAUGAUAUGCGAGAAAUAUUAGCUGCCAGGGAAAAUGAAACUAGUGUCAGUAUGAUUGAUUUUGCAGGUCAAUUUGCUUAUUAUGCAUGUCAUCAGAUCUACAUGAGGUCUGAAACAUUCUACAUUCUGGUGUUGGACAUGAGUAAAGCCUUUGAUGAUAUGAUUGAUAGUGAACUAGAUGACCGUGAGGGCUCUGUCUUUUCAACAUGGUCUUGCAAAG